AUGGAAAUUCAAUGGACACCAGAAUCUGAUCAGUAUGGGAUCCAUCAACUGUGUUUAACACCAGUCGAUUCUCAACAACAAACAGGUUCACAAGUUUGUCUCACGUUUCAAGUUGAUGUUGAUCCGCCUCAAUUUAUUCGUAUGCAUCCAACUGGUAUCGUACCUGACAAUCAAUCAACAUGGGCAAUCGAUAUUGAUCGAGAUAUAGUCUCACCACGACGAUUGACCGGUGUCAAUAUUCACUUUUUCAAACGAUCAAAUAACGAAGAAGUAUAUCGUGUUGAUGUUACUUCGUCUGCUUUUGUUCGUUAUGAACCACGAAGAAUUACAUUUUACACAUCUGGUUAUACCUGGAAUAAAGGUGAAGAGUAUUAUAUUCUGUUGGAUAGUGGAGUGGCCACUAUUAAUGAAUCAUGUGGCAUUGAAUCAGCACCUGUUACUGAUAAGAAUAUUUGGACAUUUCAAAUAUCUAAACAGACAACUAUUUUGUCAAGUACAACAACCAGUAAAGUGUACCCGAUUACAACUGAAGAAAAAACUACAACAACUGCACGGAAAACAGUAGAAAGUACGACGACAAGUACACAAAUCAUAUCAAAAAUUACUACAACAACUGCGCAAACAAUAACGUCAAGAGUAUCUUCUAUUCCAGCAUGCUAUCAAUGGUUUCCUUUUAACACUAUUGUAAAUCUAAAUACAAAUGUUGAGCAUCCAACAUUUACAUUCUGUUUUACUAUCAAUACAACGUUUGCUGAUGUUACCAUAGCAGCCAAUACAUGGGUUUCAUGUUCGAAUUGGAAAAGCUCGGGUGCUGGUGAUCCUCUGAUUGAACUUUAUUCAGAAAAUAACAGACAACUUCUGGCUGAAAAUGACGAUGGAAAUAGUAUUUCAUCAAUGAAUUGCUAUGCUUCUGUAUUAAGAUAUCGCUUUUCAAGAGGCGAUUAUCGCGUAGUUAUUCGAAAUUCGAAAUGUACAUAUGGUUUCUUUGAAUUACGCCUUUUAGCUGAGGUACCAUUUAGACAGAAAGAUAAUUCCACAUAG